AACCAUGAUUAUGAAAGUUACUGUUUCUCCUUUCCAAUGUCAGUUGAUAACAUUUAUAUUUUAAUUUUGGAAAAUUGGCUAAAACCUGUUAAAAUUAAAGUGCCCGUAACAUAGACUGUUCUUUUCGGUUCACUUGCAUACCUUUUUGUCAUUUGGUUUUGUAACACAAUGUACCGUUUUAAUAGUCUAAUUAUUCAAAAAACUCUACGACAUGGGGGACAGGCGGUCCGUCAGUACUCGCGGGAGCCAAGAAGGCAGACCUUUUUGUCUCGUUUGUACGAUAACUUUCGAGAAGAAAUGGCAAAGAACAAGGAAAUGAAAGACUCGUUAAAAAAGUUUAGAGAAGAAGCUGAGAAACUCGAACAGAGUGAAGCAUUGAAAGCCGCACGUCAGAAAUUUGAAUCGGUGGAAAAAGAGGCCAGUAAAGGAAGUGAGGUUUUUAAGGAAAAAUUUAGUACAAUCAAAGAAAAAGUCCAGGAAGUGAUAGACGAGGCACAGAAGACCGAAUUCGUGAAAAAAGCCGGGAAAAUAUCAGAAGAGUUGGGGAAAACUACACAUACGAUUAGCGAAAAGGCGCAUGAAAUUGGCAAAACUGGGGCUUUUCAGAGCAUAUCUCAGGCCACCAAAGCGGUGAAGCAGGAAAUUGACACCACGAGCAUUCAAGGGCGGGUUUACGUAAGUCCCACCAAAUUGAGGAAAAGAACUGAGACAUCAGCAGUACAAAACCAGAAAUAUUACGAAGCAAAUCCCGACGCAACUGGAGUUGAGCUCCACAAGGACUCAAAAUUUUACCAGUCUUGGCAGAAUUUCAAAGACAAUAAUCCCUACGUCCACAAAGUAAUGGACUGGAAAUUAAAGUAUGACGAAAGUGAUAAUCCUGUGAUCAGGGCUUCUAGACUCCUAACUGAUAAGGUGUCGGACAUAAUGGGGGGGCUCUUCCAGAAGACGGAAUUGUCCGAAACGCUUACAGAGAUCUGUAAAAUUGACCCAACCUUUGACACGAAGAAAUUUCUAAAGCAGUGUGAGACUGACAUUAUCCCGAAUAUCCUGGAAGCAAUGACUCGGGGGGAUUUGGAGGUGUUGAAGGAUUGGUGCCACGAAGGCCCUUUUAAUUUAUUCGCAAUUCCAAUUAAAGAAGCGUACAAAAAAGGCUACAAAAUCGACUCAAAGGUCCUAGAUGUUGAUAAUGUUGACCUAGUCAUGGGAAAAGUGAUGGAGCAAGGCCCCGUGUUGAUAAUCUCAUUCACUUCUCAGCAAAUGAUGUGUGUUAGAGACCCCAAUGGAAACGUUGUUGAAGGAGACCCGGAGAAAGUAAUGCGAGUCGCUUACGUGUGGGUGCUGUGUCGCGAUAUCUCAGAGCCCGACCCCAGAGCGGCGUGGCGAUUGCUCGACUUAUCAGCAAGUAGCAACGAACAGUUGGUAUAGAUUUUAUAGUUGUUGAUGUAUUUGUUAUUUAUUGCUUCAAUGAAGGAGUACUUUUCGCUACGAAUUCCUUUAUUCAAGUAACAACAAAUUUGAAUUGUUUAAGAUUCAAAUGGUUCUGUACAGAUUUGUUUUUCUGUUGUACAGGAAAAUUGUAUAAUUUAUAUAAAUAUUUUUUUCAUAA